AUGUCAUCAGCGACCGCGACGGCUGUUGGCGACAAUACUCCUCCGGGGCGUAACCGGUUGCCGCCGACGCCGCCGCAAAGUCCGUUGAACUCGACGUCGCACAGAGUACUCAGCUGCUGUUGGACGACGGUGACGAUGACGUGGAGGUGGUGGUGGAGGUACUUUGCCGACGUGGAUGAAGUGGCGGCGGUGUCCGUCGACCGCGCGCGGCGGCGGUUCAAGGGCGUCCUCUGCGAUAUUGUUUGA